AUAAACUUCACAGAGUAUGGCCUGCCGGAAUACCGCAACCGCUAUGCACUUGUAAUCGAUAAUUUAUUUACGAGGGAGGAAUGCGAACGGCUUCUAGCUCUUGUUCCCAGUGAGGGCGAUACCUGCUCAAAUACGGGGGACGAAUCAGUGGGGGGCGCAUGGCUUGUUGCAGGGAUAGGUGAAACGAUAGUUAUUCCAUCCUAUCGCAACAGCGGAAGGAUCGUGAGGAACGACGCAGAAAUAGCGGCGUGGAUACUGGAGAAAAUUCGGCCAUGCAUUGGAGAAAUCGAGGAGAUCCCAGAUGCGCAUCUUCACAGGGGAUAUUCGAGGCGGCACUCGGCAGCAGCUCGCCAUGGCGAAACGGAGCAGGAAGAGUCCGAUGCUAUUAGACCAGCACGACUGAAAGGGCUUCGGGAGGACCUCCGGUUCCUGCGGUACACUUCAGGGCAGUUCUUUAAGCCCCAUAAAGAUGGCAGCCAUAUCGAUGCGGAAAAUAAAGAAAUAUCCUACUAUACCUUGCAGCUCUAUCUGAAUGGGGACGCGAAAACUUUGAAAGGUGGCGCAACUCGAUUCUGGCCAUGCAGCACCCUGGAUGGUCUUGCGUCCAACGGAACAUAUGUCGAUGUAGAACCGCGAAUGGGAAGGGUGUUGAUAUUUGAGCAGAGAGACCUGAAGCACAGUGGGGAGGAUGUGAAGGAAGGCGUAAAGUAUAACAUUCGAGCUGACAUGAUGUAUGUCGAGGUGGACAAGCCAGAAUAG